CGCCACUCCCUUCACGACCAAACAACUCUCGACUCCUCAUCUGCUCGCUUUAGCCUAGCUAGCUAGAGAGACAGUGUGUUUGCGAUGGCGUCCGCCAAUGCGCUGCUCGUCGUGGUCUUCUCAGCCUUCUGCUUUCUUGCCCGGCGAGCCGCCGGCGACUACGGCGCGUGGCAGAGCGCCCACGCCACGUUCUAUGGCGGCGGCGACGCGUCCGGCACGAUGGGCGGGGCGUGCGGCUACGGGAACAUGUACAGCACUGGGUACGGCACCAACACGGCGGCGCUGAGCACGGCGCUGUUCAACGACGGAGCCGCGUGCGGGUCAUGCUACGAGCUGCGGUGCGACAACGACGGGCAGUCGUGCCUGCCGGGCACAAUCACCGUGACGGCCACCAACUUCUGCCCGCCCAACUACGGCCUCCCCAGCGACGACGGCGGCUGGUGCAACCCGCCACGCCCGCACUUCGACAUGGCCGAGCCGGCCUUCCUCCAGAUCGCUCAGUACCGCGCCGGCAUCGUGCCCGUCGCCUACAGGAGGGUGCCGUGCGUUAAGAAGGGCGGGAUCAGGUUCACCAUCAACGGGCACUCCUACUUCAACCUGGUGCUGGUCACCAACGUGGCCGGCGCCGGCGACGUGCAGUCCGUGUCCAUCAAGGGCUCCAGCACCGGGUGGCAGCCCAUGUCGCGCAACUGGGGCCAGAACUGGCAGAGCAACUCGUUCCUCGACGGUCAGAGCCUCUCCUUCCAGGUCACGGCCAGCGACGGCCGCACCGUCACCAGCAACGGCGUUGCGCCAGCCGGCUGGCAGUUCGGCCAGACCUUCGAAGGCGGCCAGUUCUAGCUGCUCGAUCGAUUGAUUCAUUCUCCACGAUGAGUAUUAUGUCCGUCGAUCCUCCGAUGCAUUUGAAUUUGGAGUUUGAGCGAGAGAAGGAAACCUCUUCGUUGUAGUAAAGAAGAGGCUGAUGUGGUCAUUCUGAGGCUGCUUAUUAGCACCCGCCUAGGCCUUUCCUUCUCUAUUAGGAGUAAGUUGAAUAUUUUUCUGCAUUAGUAAAUUGUAGCCUUGGGUUAAAAAACUGCAGGGCACGAUUAUCCAGGAUAUUCUAUAGCUGCAGGGGAGUGGUGUUGUGUAACUUUUGUUGUUACAUUGUAACCCGCAGAAUCCGGCCACAUGGGUGGGAGAUGUUUGCGGGGAAUUGUGCAUUUGGGACCAUGAACAAUGCUUGUUUAUGGUGUAUACAUAUAUGAUAUCCUCCUUGUAAUUUGAUAA